GUCCCCCCCAUGGACGCGGCCGAGCAGCUCCGGGCCGAGUUGUCGUGUCCCAUCUGCCUGGGGCUGUUCCAGGACCCCGUGUCCAUCCCCUGCGGCCACUCCUUCUGCCGGGGCUGCAUCCAGCGCUGCUGGGACGGCCCGGGGGGCUCCGGGGGGGGCUCCGGGGGGGUCCCAGAGGGGUCUGGGGGCUCGGGGGGCUCCUUGUCCUGCCCCCGCUGCCGCGACGCGGCCCCCGAGCGGAGCCUGAGGCCCAACCGGGAGCUGGGAAACGUGGCCGAGGUCGUGAGGGGGCUGCGGGGUUUCGGGGGUCCCGGCCCGGGGGGGCUCUGCCCGAGGCACGGGGAGCCCCUGCAGCUCUUCUGCCGGGAGCAGCAGGCCCUGCUCUGCCUCGUGUGCCGCCGCUCCCCCCGGCACCGGCCCCACGCGCUGCUGCCCGCGGCCGAGGCCGCCCGGGAGUUCAGGGAGCAGAUCCAAACCCGCCUCCAGGACCUGAAGGAAGAGAGGGAAAAAUACCUGGAAAGCCGAAAAUCGGGAGCCCGCGGGAGCUCGUACCUGGACCAAGCCCGGAGCGAGGGGCAGCGGCUGGUUUGGGAAUUCGAGGAAUUGCGGCGAUUCCUGCGGGAACAGGAGCGGCUCCUCCUGCUCCAGCUCGGGGACCUGGACAGGGACAUUCGCCGGGCCCGGGAUCGGGCCCUAUCCAAGGUCCAGGAGGAGUUAUCCCACCUGGAAACGCUCAUCUGGGAGAUGGAAGGGAAAUUCCAGCAGCCCCCGGGCCAAUUCCUGCAGGACAUCAGAGGACUUCUGGACAGCUGCGAGGCCAUGAAGUUCAACCCCCCGGCUGAGAUUUCCCUGGAGCUGCAGAGGAGGCUCCAGGAGUUUGUCCAGAGGAACGAACUGGUGAGGGGAACCCUGAGGAGAUGCCAAGACAGCCUCAUGUUCCAGCUGCAGGAACCAGCCGAGGUGACCCUGGACCCCUCCACCGCCCACCCCAACCUGCGCGUGUCCGAGGACGGCAAGCAAGCCCGGGGCCACCUCUCGCCCCCCGGCGACGUCCCCGACGGGCCGCAGAGGUUCGACUUCGAGCCCUGCGUGCUGGCCCGGGGGGGCUUCACCUCGGGCCGCCACUUUUGGGACGUGGAGGUGGGCCGGGGGGGGGUCUGGGCGCUGGGGGUGGUGCGGGAAUCGGCCCCCAGGAAGGGGCCCCUGAGCCUCGCCCCCCGGGACGGGGUUUGGGCCCUGGGGGCUUUUCACUCGCUCACGGACCCCCGCGCCGAGCGCAGCCCCCUCCCCCGGCGCCUGCGGGUGGCCCUGGACUACGAGGGGGGCCGGGUGGGCUUCUACGGGGCCGAGGACGGGGCGCCCAUCCCGGAGCCCAUCCUGGAGCAUUCCCGGGCCGCCUUCCGAGGGGAGAGGGUCCUGCCCUGGUUCCGCCUGGGGCUGGGGGCGCGGCUCAGGGAGGGGGCACCCCUGGACUGGGUGGGCUUCGGGGUCCCGCUGAGGAUCUGUCGAUCCCGGAGAUUUCCCAGCUGGAAUUCCCGAGCCAGCGGCGGGAAGAGGAGGAGGAAAACCAGGAGCCGGUGCGGGAAAGUGACUUUCCAGCUGCCCCUGGAUGCGGCUCCGGGGUCGGAGGAGCGGAUCUGUCACUUCUCCUGGAGGAACAACGCCCUGAAGGAGACUCUGAGGAAGCUCCAAGCCCCCGUGACCCUGGACCCCGACACGGCCCACCCCGAGCUGGUGCUGUCGGAGGACGGGAAGAGCGUCCGGCGCCGCGGGGCCGGACCCGCCCGGAACCUUCCGGACAGCCCGGAACGCUUCGACUACUGGCCCUUCGUGCUGGGCCGGCCCGGCUUCGCCUCCGGCCGCCACUGCUGGGCCGUGGACGUGGGCGACGGCGGCGACUGGGCCGUGGGGGUGGCCCGGGACUCGGUGGCCAGGAAGGGCCGGCUGCCCUUGGGCCCCCAGGGCGGGAUUUGGGGCCUGGAGCGCUGGGGGGGGCAGCUGAGGGCGCUGACCCCCCGAAAAGUGACCCCCCUGCCCCUGCGCCGGGUGCCCCGCAGGGUCAGCGUCCACCUCGACUACCCCGCGGGCACCGUGGCCUUCUUCGACGCCGAGGGAGGAGGAGGAGGAGGAGCAGGGGGGGGGCUCCUCUUCCUCUUCUCCCGGGCGGGAUUCGCCGGGGAGAGGGUCCGGCCCUGGCUCUGGGUGGUGGGGGUCAGGUCACAGCUGAGGAUCUGCUCCUGA